GGUUAAGUGCACAGAAUCAAAUACUAAAAUUUAAAAAAAGUUCAACUAAAAAACGUCUUAAAUAAAGCAUACAACAAAGUGCUACAAGUCAAAGGAAACGCUAAAAACAAACAAAGAGAAGGGCAUCAAAGCUCCCUUGCUAAAAGUAUAUAGCCAGCCCAACAAUACAUAUGUAUGUACACGUACAUACAUAUGUAUGUACAUAUAUAACCUAGGUCAAUAUUGUUUAUAGUGGCGUGUGAAUGUGCGCAAUACGACGGAAACGGCAACCAGAAUCAUAGUUGCUCAGCAGAUAAUAAACACCAAUCACACAGACACAACACACACACAAACUCAUACUCGUGACUAGGACCGAAAGCAUAUACGGAAAUACAAAAAAAAAGCGACAACAACUCGACAAUUAAUUUCAGAGACGAGCGCAAAAACGAAAUACAAAUUUGAAGUUGAUAAUAAUUUUAUAAUAAUAUCAAAGGCAGCAGCAGCAGGCGAGAGGCAGCUAAGAGCCGAAUCGCCAGCGAGUGGCGGCAGCCGAGCAACCCGAAGGCAUACAAACGUCACACGAACGCGACCGUUUCUCGCUCUCGCACACUUUUGCCUGCUCUCGGCGAUCGCUCGAAUCUCGUUCAAAAAGACAUGUUCCUGUUCUAACGGUCUCUAACGCAAAUUAUUGUUGGUCAGCGUCAAGUGCAGACGUGUUCGCGAUUCGCGACUACCGAAAAGAGAACAUUGGCGCAGCAACGCAGCGGCAGCGAUUACGAUUACGCUUCUGACUGAAGAACGCGACAAAGUGAAUCAAGUUCUUGAUGAGAAACACUUGCCGCUGGUCGAUUCGCGGGUUUGGACGCGCGACUCCCACAAAACAAUCGUAACAAUAAUACAGAACACACACCCCCCAACACAACCCAACAAGUGUCUGAAAAAUCGAAAGAAAUCUCUUCAACUGUUAACAUCUCUUUGGAUUACCAACUUUUGCCUUUGCGGAGGAAUAUCAAACUGAAUUUUGUGGAUCUUCCUGUUCAAUUUUAUGAUUCAGAAACAAACAAAAUGGUCUAUUAUCCCGCUAACCAGCUGCUCAUAAAAACGGAGCAACCCGCCCAAACGCAAUUCUGCCUGCAGGUGCCGCCCCCAUUGACGGCGACUGCAGGUGCGGGUGGAGCGCCACCGGGUGGACAGCAGGAGCACUACGAGCUGCUGCAAACGCCGCAGCAGCGACUAAUGCAAGUGCAGCAGCAGCAGACGCAGGAACAACAGCAAUUUGUUAGCUACAGCUAUCAGCUGGCGUUACAGCAGCAUCAACAGCAGCAGCAGCAGCAUGAAAGUAUUACAACAACAACGCCCGCUGUAGCAGCAGCAACAGCAGCACCCGCAGCAACAGCGCAGCGCAUCAAGACAGAGCCAACGCCAAAUGUUAGCUACAGCGCUGCCACUGCGCAGCCGCGCAAGCAGAAUGGCACGAAACCGCAAUUCAAGUGCGAACAGUGCGGCAUGACGUUCGGCAGCAAAUCGGCUCACACCUCGCACACGAAGUCGCAUGCGAAGAAUGCCGAAAUGGCCCUUCACGGUGCGGGGGGAGCUCCGCACGGCGCCACAUCGUCACCCAUUGAACUGAACGAAGCGGGUCUGCCGGUGGGCAUCCCCAAGAGUCCGACCAUCAAGCCGCUGGCGAAUGUGGCCGCCGGCGCAGAUCCCUAUCAGUGCAAUGUGUGCCAGAAGACAUUCGCAGUGCCCGCGAGGCUGAUCCGCCACUAUCGCACCCAUACGGGCGAAAGGCCUUUUGAGUGCGAGUUCUGCCACAAGCUGUUCAGCGUCAAGGAGAACCUGCAGGUGCAUCGUCGCAUCCACACCAAGGAGCGGCCGUACAAGUGCGACGUGUGCGGCAGGGCGUUUGAGCAUUCAGGCAAACUGCAUCGUCACAUGCGCAUCCAUACGGGCGAACGGCCGCACAAGUGCUCCGUGUGCGAGAAGACAUUCAUCCAAUCCGGCCAACUGGUCAUCCACAUGCGCACGCACACGGGCGAGAAGCCGUACAAGUGCCCGGAGCCGGGCUGCGGCAAGGGAUUCACCUGCUCCAAGCAGCUCAAGGUGCACUCACGCACGCACACGGGCGAGAAGCCCUACCAUUGUGACAUUUGCUUCCGUGACUUUGGCUACAAUCACGUGCUGAAGCUGCACCGCGUGCAGCACUACGGAUCCAAGUGCUACAAGUGCACCAUUUGCGAUGAGACGUUCAAGAACAAGAAGGAAAUGGAGGCACACAUCAAGGGGCAUGCCAAUGAGAUACCCGACGAUGAGGCCGAGGCGGCAGCUGGAGCCACGGCAGUGGGUUCCACCUCCUCUGCAUCGUCGUCGUCGUCGUCCUCCUUGCAGGGCAUCACCAGCAAUUCGGAGUGCAGCAAUAAUUCUCCGCCCAGUUCGCCGCCAGCUGUGAAGAAGCCGCGGCAACCGCGUCAGCCGCGUAGUGUCAAAGCGGCCGCAGCUGCAGCUGCAGCUGGAGCGGCAGUUCUUGCCGCCCCACUCUCGCCCAGUUCGCCCAGUUCCACGUACUCGCCAUCGGCCAGCAGCCUGGCUUCACCGCCGCCAUCCACACUUCAAUAUCUGCCCGCUGCACCGUUGGAUACGGAUGCACUCAGUCGGGACAGCGGCGUCUCCAGUGCCCAGCCCGCGCUCAGCAGCUAUGCGGACGAGGAGCUGCCCACGGAUCUGAGCAUGCAGCAGAGUCAAAGCCAGCCCAUGGUCUACCAGCCCUACCAGGCCACGCCCAGCUUACUGGAACAGCAGGCACAGGAACAGGCGCCCCUGACCAUCAAUCCAGCUCUACUCGAGGCGGCCAGUAUUGCGCGACAGGAUGAGGACCACCAGGUCAACGACGAGGAUGUCCAUGCCGCUGCCUGGCAAAUGAUGCAACUGCGUCGCGGUCAUGCCUCCACGCCGCCGCCAACAGAGGCCGUGCCACAGGCAUCGCCACAGCCCACGCUGCACGUCAGUGAUCUGGCGGCCAACUAUGAUGACACCCACGAGGCCACCGUGCUCAUUGAGCACUUUAAGCGUGGCGAUCUCGCACGCCAUGGCCUGCACAAAGGCUACGCUCCAGUGCCCAAGUAUGAAUCUGCCCUUCCGAAUCCCGACAUUGUGCGCCGCGUGGAGGCGGCCAUUGGUCUGCGUUCUAGCACAGAGUCGCCAGAGCGCAGCUCCUCACCCGAAAGCGAUUCCCUGAUGAUGGCCGAUCGGAAUGUGAUGACGCUGCCGCUGAGGAAGCGCAAGCACUACAUGAACAAGGGCGAUGCGGCGGCCUGCCAGGUGGAGAGUGGUGGCAACAACAGCAGUCCGUCGGCGGCGACGGCCGGUGCAGGAGAUGGCGCCACAGCGGCAGCAACCUCAACGGAUGCCAGCAGCAACCACAACAACUCCAAGGUGAUGAGGAUGAGCUCUGUCAUACAGUUUGCCAAGGCCUCGUAGUGGGCCACUCCGCCUCCAAACAUCAGCAUAAAGACUGUCCAGCAAAUUCUAACUGAAAUUAGUUUUAAUUUUUUCCCCCUCCUGAUGAGGUGUGGGGCAGGACGAGGAGAUGGCAUGAGAUCUCUCGUCUGGAAUGGAAUUGUUUUCUAGCAGCGAAAAAGAAAAUGCCAAAAGUAUUAUAAAAAGAAAGAGAGAAAAAGGAGAAGGAAAAGUUGAUGAAAAAUUUGUUUUAAAAUUAACAGCGUUUACGUUAUGGUAUCCAUUUUUGUUGAAUGUUUGUUUUUAAAGAAGGAAAGAUUUUUAAAUGAAAAUUUAUUUGGCCGAUGGUAGUAGAUCGUAUAUCGUUUAUGUUUUUCACGCCCCACCCCCCAAAACCCCCCUGUGUUUUCACUUAGUCAAAUCGCAACAAUUGGCAUUAUCGGUAUUAAGAGUUGGAGCAUUACUACUUUAAAAAGAAACGUAUCGUAAUUAGGAAACGCUAAAACGAGGAUGCAACCAUUAAUGAAACAAGAAACCAUAACAUAAAAACCAACACCUAAACAAUAAUAAGCUCCGUGCAUAAUUAUUAUAUAUACAUAAAGAUAAUGAAGGGAGAAAUGUAUGCAAAAUAAGCGCCAUAUUGGCACAUAAUAAACAUACAUACAAUACGUUUAUGUAACUAUAAUUCUAGAGACCUAUUUAUUACUGAGAAAUAAAACAUAAAAACUAAACCUCUACUCGCCAAAACUAAGCCACACCGAGAGAGAAAAGAAGAAAUAAGAACCGUUUCGAUAGAGUUUUUGUGAGUUGAAUUUUCGACAAUUAACCAAGUGAUUGAGGAUAUUUAAAGCACAAGCUUAAACUUUUAAAAUCCCUUUUGAAAUUGAGCUUAAAGGUACUCCUCACUCGGCGUCGCUCCCCACCCAUCCAUCAUAAAUCAUCCUUGUUCAUAAUCAAUUCAUGCGCCUCCAUUUAAACAAAAUUUGAUAAGCAUUUUAUAUUUUAUAUACAACAUACAUACACACAUAAUGAAAAUAUUUAACGAAAACAAAAGUCAUUGAAUAAUUGAUAAAAACAAAACAAAAAAUGCUAAAAAGAAAAACCAAUUCAAAAAUUAUACAAUACGGAGAAUAUUGAACUGAUAAGCAAGGAGCAAGCAAGAAUAAUUAAGUUAGUGAGCAAAAAACACACAACAUAACAUAACAUUUACCAACAACAACAACAACAACAAAAAUCAGAAUGAUUAACAUUUGCAACAUAUAUUCUAAGUGCGUCAGAUACAUAAUUUUUUGUAAACGCUAAGUUAAUAAUUUAGUCAUAAAUUGUAGCAUCAAAUAUUGCAAGUAAAAAAAAGAGCAGAAUGAAAGCGAAAAAAAUCGAAAAAACAAAUAAAA